ACUGGCCCCGCCCCGUGUGCAGCUAUCGCGGCCUGCGUCUGGAGAAAACCCUAGCGGGUGGCUCCGUGCGGCCAGAGCUCUGGAGAGUGGUGCCGCCUUCCAACCUUCUUCCCCCAGCCCUGGUGGCCAGCUCCGCCUCCUCUCGAAUCCUUUCCACAGCCCAAAAUGGCCGCAGAGGUGUAUUUUGGCGACCUAGAGCUGUUCGAGCCGUUCGACCACCCAGAGGAGUCGAUUCCGAAGCCGGUUCACACUCGCUUCAAGGACGACGACGGCGACGAGGAGGACGAAAAUGGGGUCGGCGACGCGGAGCUACGGGAGCGGCUUCGGCAGUGCGAGGAGACCAUCGAGCACCUCCGCGCCGAGAAUCAAGAACUUAAACGAAAAUUGAACAUUCUGACUCGACCGAGUGGAAUAUUGGUGAACGAUGCUAAGUUAGAUGGACCUAUAUUACAGAUUCUAUUCAUGAACAAUGCUAUUUCAAAGCAAUAUCAUCAAGAAAUAGAGGAAUUUGUAUCAAAUUUAGUAAAAAGAUUUGAGGAACAGCAGAAAAAUGAUGUGGAAAAGACUUCCUUUAAUCUUUUGCCCCAGCCAUCCAGUAUUGUGCUAGAGGAGGACCACAAAGUGGAAGAGUCCUGUGCCAUUAAAAACAACAAGGAAGCUUUCAGCGUUGUAGGAAGUGUCCUGUAUUUUACUAAUUUUUGCCUUGAUAAAUUGGGGCAACCGCUUCUAAAUGAAAACCCUCAGCUUUCCGAAGGAUGGGAAAUACCCAAGUACCAUCAAGUCUUCAGCCACAUUGUUUCUCUAGAAGGGCAAGAAAUACAAGUAAAGGCAAAAAGGCCAAAGCCUCACUGUUUCAAUUGUGGUUCUGAAGAACACCAAAUGAAAGAUUGCCCAAUGCCUCGGAAUGCUGCUCGAAUAAGUGAAAAGAGAAAAGAGUAUAUGGAUGCCUGUGGGGAAGCAAACAAUCAGAAUUUCCAGCAGCGAUACCAUGCAGAAGAAGUAGAAGAAAGAUUUGGAAGAUUCAAGCCAGGAGUUAUUAGUGAGGAACUUCAAGAUGCGCUAGGUGUGACAGACAAGAGUCUUCCACCUUUUAUCUAUCGGAUGCGCCAGCUAGGGUACCCACCAGGGUGGCUCAAAGAGGCUGAAUUGGAGAAUUCGGGGCUUGCACUCUAUGAUGGAAAAGAUGGCACUGAUGGGGAAACAGAAGUUGGAGAAAUACAACAGAAUAAAAGUGUCACUUACGAUCUCUCAAAAUUGGUCAACUAUCCUGGUUUUAAUAUAUCUACUCCCAGAGGAAUUCCAGACGAAUGGAGGAUCUUUGGUUCCAUACCAAUGCAGGCAUGUCAGCAGAAGGAUGUGUUUGCCAAUUACCUUACUUCUAACUUCCAAGCGCCGGGUGUGAAGUCUGGCAACAAGAGGUCUUCAUCUCACUCUAGCCCAGGUAGUCCAAAGAAGCAGAAGAAGGAAAGCAACUCAGUGGGAUCCCCCGCCGACAUGGAGCUCGAUUCGGAUAUGGAGGUACCACAUGGUUCUCAGAGCAGCGAAAGUUUUCAGUUUCAACCACCGUUACCUCCUGAUACUCCUCCACUCCCCCGGGGAACUCCUCCACCCGUCUUCACCCCUCCACUCCCAAAGGGCACCCCGCCGCUGACUCCCAGUGACUCACCCCAGACCAGAACGGCAUCUGGAGCUGUGGAUGAGGACGCACUGACUCUAGAAGAACUUGAAGAACAGCAGAGGCGGAUCUGGGCAGCUCUUGAGCAGGCCGAGAGCGUAAACAGCGACUCCGAUGUUCCUGUGGACACACCUUUAACUGGCAAUUCCGUUGCCUCAUCACCUUGUCCAAAUGAGCUAGACCUCCCUGUCCCGGAGGGAAAAACAUCUGAAAAGCAGAUGCUGGAUGAGCCUGAGGUACCAGAGGUUUUUACAAAGAAAUCAGAAGCUGGACACGCCCCCAGUCCAGAUUCUGAGGUGACAUCACUUUGUCAGAAGGAAAAGGCAGAGUUGGCUCCGGUAAACACUGAAGGUGCCCUUCUUGAUAAUGGCAGCGUCGGACCAAACUGUGACAUCAGCAAUGGGGGCAGCCGGAAGCUCUUUCCUGCAGACACCAGUCCUUCAACGGCCACUAAAAUUCAUAGCCCUAUACCUGACAUGAGCAAAUUUGCAACUGGAAUCACGCCAUUCGAAUUUGAGAAUAUGGCAGAAUCUACUGGAAUGUACCUCAGAAUAAGAAGCUUGUUAAAGAACUCACCCCGAAACCAGCAGAAAAACAAAAAGGCCUCUGAAUAAUGGCUUGACUUAGCACUGAGAGCUAUUUAAUAACUUUGUUCCGUUAAUUAGUACUAAUUAAGUGGAUAGAUAGAAUGGUUUUCCUGUUUGUCCCUCCCAUGUUUAAAAAUCUAUCCAAGGUUCAUGUUCCAAAGUCAAGCCUAUUUUAAAGAAAGACUGAGCUCACUAGUUCAGUAUAUUUUAUUCUCACUGACAAAACUUGGGGGGAGAUGUGAAUAUGACCUGGUUUAGAGAGGGUUUGUUAAGGUUUAUACUAUUUUUGGAUUGUGACUGUCCGUCAAGAGUGAUGAUUUUUAUCUGUCUUUUGUACAUUGUUUUCCCUUUCUACAUUUUGCUAAUUAUCCUGUAUAUAAGUUUAAUAUAUCACUUUUUAAAAGAAAAAAUUCUACCAUUUUAAAUUCAUGUUUCAACUACUACAACCAAAUGAGAAAAAUCAGGGAUGAGCAGCUUUAUCCCAUUUGGGGUAUUUUUAUAACUGAUUUACAUGAGUCAAUUUUAGUAAUACUUUUACUUUUUUGUAACUUCAUUCUUCAUAUAUGCUUGCUAUACAGGUGUGUUCAUCUUUGUGUACAGAGGUUUAAUAAAUUAGUUUUCAUAUACAUAAUCUAAGACUUUGAAUACAAAAAAGUGAUUCACAGGUAAAAUCAGUGUAUAUAACCUUUUUUUUUUUUUUUUUGAGACAGAGUUUCACUCUUGUUGCCCAGGCUGGAGUGUAAUGGCAUAAUCUCGGCUCACCACAACCUCCGCCUCCCGGGUUUAAGCGAUUCUCCUGCCGCAGCCUCCCGAGUAGCUGGGAUUACAGGCAUGCACCACCACGCCCAGCUAACUUGGUAUUUUUAGUAGAGGUGGGUUUUUUUGUUGUUUUUUUUUUUUUGAGAUAGAGUCUCGCUCUUUCACCCAGGCCGGACUGCAGUGGCGCUAUCUAGGCUCACUGCAAGCUCCGCCUCCCGGGUUCACGCCAUUCUCCUGCCUCAGCCUCUCGAGUAGCUGAGACUACAGGCGCCUGCCACCGUGCCCGGCUAAUUUUUUGUAUUUUUAGUAGAGAUGGAGUUUCACCGUGUUAGCCAGGAUGGUCUCGAUCUCCUGACCUCGUGAUCCGUCCGCCUCGGCCUCCCAAAGUGCUGGGAUUACAGGCGUGAGCCACCGCGCCCAGCCAGAGAUGGGGUUUUUCCACGUCGGGUCAGGCUGGUCUUGAACUCCUGACUUCAAGUGAUCCGCCCGCCUCGGCCUCCCAAAGUGCUGGGAUUACAGGCGUAAGCCACCUCACCUGGCCAGUGUAUAUAACUUUUAAGUUUAAAAGUAAAUUGUUGGCCAGGCAUGGUGGCUCAUGCUUAUAAUCCUAGCACUUUGGGAGGCCAAGGAGGAAGGAUCACCUGAGGUCAGGAGUUCGAGACCAGCCUGGCCAACACGGCAAAACCCCAUCUCUACAAAAAUACAAAAAUUAGCCAGGUGUGGUGGUACAUAACUGUAAUCCCAGCUACUUGGGAGGCUGAACCCGGGAAGGGGAGGUUGCAGUGAGCCGAGAUCGCGCCAUUGCAUUCCAGCCUGGGCAACAAGAGCAAAACUCCGUCUCAAAAAAAAAAAAAAAUGGUAAAUUGUAAAAAUUAGUGGUAGCAAAACAAAAAUAAUGGUAGGAAUUGCAAGUUUGGGUGCUUUCAGUGGAUUUCAGCCUUAAAUAUAGAAACAGCAGAAUUUUUGAAAAGUAAUUAUUUUGAAAAAUGAAUGGCAUGCAGCUAGCCUUUGUAUAAAAAUAAUUUUCUAGAUUUGAACCCUAAUAGUUAAAAAUUAAAAAUUAGACAUAAACAUACUGCUUUUAAUUGUCAUUCAUAUAUAUAUAUAUAUAUAUAUAUAUAUAUAUAUAUCAGAUAGAGCUGAAACUGUGGUUUAGGUCUUUCUGUGGAAUGCCAUUACAUCUUUAUAUUAGUCAAGACCAUGAAAAUAAAUGUUUAGAUCGUCUUGAAUUGUUAGUCUCAGGCAGUGUUAUCUUGCUCUCAGGCCAACAGGGGGAGCAAAAUAGAAACAUUCCAGAUGUAGUUUUCAUUUUUGAGAACUUGAGUAAUCAGAGUUUACUGUUCUGUAAAGAAUAAAGGAAAGGAAAAUUAUAAAGAGAGAAAUUUCUUUUUAAAGCCCUCACAGAAUGUACUAGAAAUAGAAUAAAAUUUAAAAUACUUCUGGCUUCUUUUCCUCAGAGCUUAAGUUCAAAAUAAAAGCAAUCCUUUACAGUU